UGUUCUUAGAUUUUCUUCAAAAUAGCGACUUGUUUUUAAUUCUAUAUUUUUUGCAUUUAAGGUGAAAGAAGGCGACUCAUCGUCUCGUCGUUCGAUCGACUUGCAAUUAGAAGGUGGUACCCGUAUUCGGUCGCGAGCGAACACAUUAGAACUCAAAGUCAAUGGCGAAGUGAUGAAAACAACCUCUGAGGAUUCGAGGCAGUCGUCUCCUCGUGGUUCAAAAACUCUUUCGAUAAUUCGGCAUGAUUCCACAAAUGGGUCACUUGCCAAUCUACCUUCCGAAAAUCGACAAAAUCUUACUAUAGAUAAUAGCCAGGCAUGGUCGGCAUUCAAUCCAAAACGUCAAUUCUACGUUCUCAAAGCAUUUUUCAUCUUGCUUUGCUUCGUCGAUAUCAUGCACUGGGCAUAUCUUCUGAGGUAA